AUGGAGGAGUCCCUACAGAGAGUGAGCAUAGAUGAGUCACUGCAGAGAGUGAGCAUAGAUGAGUCACUGCAGAGAGUGAGCAAGGAUGAGUCGCUGCAGAGAGUGAGCAUGGAGGAGUCGCUACAGAGAGUGAGCAUGGAAGAGUCACUACAGAGAGUGAGCAUGGAAGAGUCACUGCAGAGAGUGAGCAUGGAAGAGUCACUGCAGAGAGUGAGCAUGGAAGAGUCACUACAGAGAGUGAGCAUGGAAGAGUCACUGCAGAGAGUGAGCAUGGAAGAGUCACUGCAGAGAGUGAGCAAGGAAGAGUCACUGCAGAGAGUGAGCAUAGAUGAGUCACUACAGAGAGUGAGCAUAGAUGAGUCACUGCAGAGAGUGAGCAUGGAGGAGUCACUACAGAGAGUGAGCAAGGAAGAGUCACUGCAGAGAGUGAGCAUGGAAGAGUCACUGCAGAGAGUGAGCAUAGAUGAGUCACUGCAGAGAGUGGGCAUGGAAGAGUCACUGCAGAGAGUGAGCAUGGAAGAGUCACUGCAGAGAGUGAGCAUAGAUGAGUCACUGCAGAGAGUGAGCAUGGAGGAGUCGCUACAGAGAGUGAGCAUGGAAGAGUCACUGCAGAGAGUGAGCAAGGAAGAGUCACUGCAGAGAGUGAGCAUGGAGGAGUCACUGCAGAGAAGAGUGAGCAUGGAAGAGUCACUGCAGAGAGUGAGCAUAGAUGAGUCACUGCAGAGAGUGAGCAUGGAAGAGUCACUGCAGAUUGUGAGCAUGGAAGAGUCACUGCAGAGAGUGAGCAAGGAAGAGUCACUGCAGAGAGUGAGCAUAGAAAAGCUCACUGCAGAUUGUGAGCAUGAAAGAGUCACUGCAGAGAGUGAGCAUAGAUGA